AUGGGUUUUCUACCUGCAACAAGUAAUAAAACUUUAAUGGUUUCCAUAUUUCUACUCCUUGCAAUUUCAAUGUCCAAUGGCCAGAAUACAGCAGGUGCACCAUCCAUAGGCGUAUGUAAUGGAAGAAUUGCCGAUGAUUUGCCCUCUGAACAAGAUGUUGUAAAUUUCUACAAAAUCAAUGGCAUUGGAGCAAUGAGAAUCUAUGAUCCAAAUCAGUUCACUCUCCAAGCCCUCAAAGGAACAAACAUACAACUAAUCCUCGGUAUCCCGAAUGCUGCUCUUCAGUCCCUUACCAAUCCCUCAGCUGCAAGUGAUUUUGUUAAAAGAAAUAUAGUAUCCUUCUCACCUGCAGUCAAAUUUCGCUACAUUUCUGUCGGAAACGAAGUAAAGCCAACUGAUCCGGAAGCACAAUUUGUUCUGCCUGCAAUGCAGAACAUUUACAAUGCUUUGGUGUCAGCAAAUUUGCAAGGACAAAUCAAGGUUUCUACAUCAGUUGAACCAACUUUGUUGGGCAAUUCUUACCCUCCCUCGGCAGGGGUGUUCAGUGAAGUUGCACGUCCUUACAUAAUACCGAUCAUCCAAUUCUUAGCAAGCAAUGGGGCACCUCUACUUGCCAAUAUCUACACCUACUUCAGCUACAUCGGUGACACAAAGAACAUCAAUCUUGGCUUUGCGUUGUUUACAUCUCCGGGAGUUGUAGUGCAAGAUGGACCAUCCGGGUAUCAGAAUCUGUUUGAUGCGACAUUGGAUUCUUUGUAUUCUGCUCUUGAGAAAGUAGGAGCUGCCAAUUUGGAAAUCGUAGUCUCAGAGAGUGGUUGGCCAUCUGCUGGAGGCACCGCAGCAACCGUUGAAAAUGCAAGCACUUACUACAAGAAUUUGAUCAAACAUGUUAAGAAUGGAACCCCAAAGAGGCCUGGAAAACCUAUAGAAACCUACUUGUUUGCAAUGUUUGAUGAGAAUCGAAAGGGUCCUGCUGAAACUGAGCGCCAUUUCGGCCUUUUCUCCCCUAAUAAGCAGCCCAAGUAUCCAAUCAAAUUCGUUUAG